GAUUCUUGAACCCUCCACCCGUAAGCACCAGGACGUUGACUGCAAGUUGGUGCCCAACCAUCACCACGACCACGACCACGACCACAACAACAACAACAACAACAACACCACCACAAGCCCAUUCACAUCAGUAAUUCAACAAUACCUCCAGAGUAUCUCAUACAAGCCCUCGCACAAUCUCAAGACUGCCCAGAUAUGGUGGACCCAACAGAUUUGGGCCUGAGUUACCCGGAUCCCAUCAACGGACUCAAUCACCCCCCACGCCCGCAUCUCUGCUCAGCAUGCAGCCAGAUCGACUUCAAAACUCUUUUCACGAGUCACGAACGUCCUCUUGCCGCCAAUGAAAAACGGCAGACAUGCAAGUGCUUCGACAUAUUCGAUGCCCUUCUCGGGCAUGGCUGGACUCACCCAAAGUCGGCAAACAAUUCAUCCGAACCACCGUGCUGCUUUUGCAAAUUCCACGACGAGUGCCUACUUCGAUCCAAAGACAUGGCCUCAGGAGGCAGGAAUGUCUUUCGCCUGGAUCACUUGGAGGAACCUAGAUUAUGGGGGUUUCAUUCCUUGGCUGGCUUCCCGAUCAAGCAUCGAGGGUGUGAAAAGGGAAAGUGCUACCAACAUCAUGUGCAAGACGUUUUUGCACUACAACUAGUUGGACUCAGCGUUUAUGAAUUUUGGUAUGACACCAAUGCUUUUGAGAGAGCAGGCAAUGCAAUUCUGCCGGUGGUCAAUGGUCCAAAGUUUCCAGGAUUGACCAGGGAAAGAGCGGCUGGGGGCGGGUUGCGGGCGAGAAUAAUCAUUCCCCAUCAAGUCAACUACAACAUCAUUGGGGAGUGGUUAAGCCUUUGCCGCUCGGGGCAUGUUCAUUGUGAUGGUGAUGAUGCCGAUGUUGUCACGAUCCCGGGAUUUCAGGUCAUUGACUGCACCACAAGCAAGAUCCUUUCCGCUGUUGACCUUCUGGCCAAUGGUAGAGAGGCAGGCCGGGUUGAAUAUGUGACGCUCAGUUAUGUCUGGGGUCAGGCCGGCGAGGCUGGAUUCAAUGGGCCAGUCAUGCGAGAAAAUGGUCUCACAUUACCAGAUGCCUUACCCCUGGUCAUCAGCGAUGCAAUUGAGGUCGUCAAGAGGCUUGGAUACAGAUACCUGUGGAUCGACCGAUAUUGUAUUCCCCAAAACGAUUCACCACUCAAACACAUCCAGAUCCGGAUGAUGGACAGGAUAUACUCCUGUUCUGUCUUGACCAUAAUUGCGGCAGCAGGAGACGGCCCAGAAUACGGACUUCCGGGCGUUAGCUCCCGUCAUCGUACAGAACAGCUCAGUGUGCAAGUGACCGAAGGAAUAUCCCUGGUGUUUUACGAAAUGCCUAGAGUUUCAUUUGGCACAUCAAAGUGGAAUACGCGUGGUUGGACCUACCAAGAGGCGCUAUUGUCGAGGCGUCGGCUUGUCUUCACAGAUGGAAUGACCUACUUCCAGUGCUACGAGAUGCAUGGCGAUGAAGUUCUGUCACUACCAUUAUCUGGCAGGUACAGUUCUUUUGGCGGGAAAGAUCAAGAUGGCCAGUCUGAUGAUUUUGAUCAUAUCUCAUUCGAACGUGGACAAAACGAUUUUGGCUGUAUUUUUCCACGGCGAAUUACCGAUUGGUCUAAUCCCGAGACGGCCUGGGAUAGAAUCGAGCAGUUUGCGCAGAGGCAGCUUGCCUUUGACCAAGACACUUUGGAUGCCAUUGCUGGCAUCUUUGAGAGGUACUUGAGCUUCAACACUUGGAAAAGAACAGAGGACAGGAUUUCAUUCUUUUGCGGCCUACCUGUCAUUCCUUUUUUGCGAGGAAAUCAAAUCACCGAUCAUCUUUCAAGAACGCCAAGAACCACUUCAAUGCAAAAACUGUGGUCCCAGUAUAUCCUGGAUAGUGCAGAGUCCGCAGCCGACGAGACUCAUGCAAACCUUACGUGUCGAUUGGUAACUAGCCUUUUGUGGUAUUGCAAAUGGAACUCGUCAGACUUCAAAUCUAUGGGCAUGCCAACAGAUCGGGAAAGCCAUCUGCGAAGGUCGGGAUUUCCAAGUUGGACAUGGGCGGGUUGGAAGCACUGCAAGAUACAAUCUCCACAAGUCGAUGUCCGUGGAACAAUCUUCGACAGCUGCACCACGGUGCACGUAGAAUAUGAAGACGAAGCAGGUAUUCUACAGAGGCUCGACUGGGUGAAAGACAACGAUAAGAUCCACAACCUAUCGCAUCAGGAGAGCAGAUUCCCGUUAUACUUGUUGAUCAAAGGAACAGUAAUGGAUAUGAAGCUGGCGUGGCACACUGAAUCUGGGGCCGGCUAUUCGAAACUGGGAGGAGGAUACUGGAUUAUUACAUCGCCCCAGUUCAUGAGAAAGGAGAAAAUUCUUGCUCCCCGAUGUCUGUUCGAGGACAUCCAACUGCAAAGCGGAGAUGACAGGUCCUCCUCCACUUACCUCAUGCGCAAAGAGGAAGUCAAUGUUCUCGGUAUGACACUGGCAGCAAACAUGAAUAGUAGAGGGAGGCAGAAGCUGUACGCCGUGUUGGUUAUGAUCUUGAGACCAGUGACAAGGCUUUUGAAUGGACAACCGGAAACGAUGUAUGAACGAGCACAUCUACUUGAAGUUCACGACCGCUUGGAUUACGAUCGGCCACAGAUAACAGGUGCCUUGAGGGAGACCGUUGUACGGUUAUGCUGAGACAAAAAGUUUGCACAUGUAGCUUUCAUAGGGACAAGAAUCACAUUUGCGUAUCUCGGG